AUGUCUUCCUGUUCGAAGACCUCAUCCUCUUCAGCAAGACCAAAAAGAUUGAUGGGGGAUACGACAUCUACAUCUACAAGCAGUGCUACAAGACAGCAGAGAUUGGGAUGACAGAGAAUGUUGGUGACAGCGGACUACGGUUUGAGAUCUGGUUCUGACGCAGAAAGUCCCAAGACACCUUCAUUCUGCAAGCCAGCUCUGGGGAGGUGAAGGCAGCCUGGACCAGCAUUAUCGGCAAGAUCCUGUGGAGGCAGGCCCUGAGGAACCGAGAGUUGCGCAUUCAGGAGAUGGUUUCCAUGGGGAUUGGCAACAAACCGUUCAUGGAUAUCAAACCCAGUGAUGCUGCCAUCAGUGACCGGGCCAUCGAUUACAUCAUGAAAGGGUCAGUCACUGAAGGCUCAGAGACAUCUUCUCAGUGUACCUCUAGUGACAGCAUGACAGGCCUCAAUGGCCUCACAAUUCCCUCCACCAUCGCCAUGGAAACCUUCUCCAAUGAUGGCGCCCCCUUUUUGUGUGCGUCCUCCUCUUCUUCGUCGCCCCCGCAAGUCACUUCUCCGGCCCCAUUCCAGAAGGAGCAGGACCUCCAGUCGCAGAACAACAAGUUCAUCACAGCAAACAAGACAUCUCAUAUAACAUUAGGCCUCUCAACAGUGGUCUGACAAAGGGUUUAGCUCUGUAAGUAAUAUGGUCUCAUCAGAGUGUGUUCUGCUUUGUUCUGUUCAGAGCCUCAUUCAUUAACAUUAUAUUUUAUGAGCUGGAAUUCCAUUUCUCCAUACUAAUAUGUGUGAAUUUGUUUGGGGGUUUGUCACAUUUUGCCGGUUUUUGUUUGUCUGGGUUGCAUGGGAAUGCUAUGCUGGGAUUAAAGGGGUGAAAAGGUGCAACUUGUUUUGCCCUUUCUCUGGAGUUUCCUGUUUUUCUUUUGCACUCAUUAGUGUUCCUGUGGCACUAAUUCUGAAGUGUACAACUGUGGUGAGGUGAAUUGUGGAACUUUGUCCCACCAAAUCUACCUGUAUUCUGUAUGCUGAUGCUAGUGCUGCACUACAUGGGACAGCAUUCACACACACACGCUCACACACCUGUACUAAUCAAAGUUGUAUUUCAAAUUAAACAAUUUGAAACGAC